AUGUAUAAAAUUAUUGUCAUAUUGUUAUGUUCUUUCAUUUUUACGAAUGGAAAACAUUUCAAUGGAGGAACAAUUACAUGGGCUCCCGUUAAUCCGUAUGAUAAUGGUAGUUCAGUGGAUAUAACUAUUACGCAGACUUAUUCGUGGACAUAUCCAUAUGUACAAUGUAGAACUAAUGUGCCGAUCUCAACUACAACAUUUAGUGGUGCAAACACUAAUCUAAGUUGUGUUGUUGACUGUACGACUGAUGGUGGAUAUUCGAGUGCACCAGUUAAUAUUCUCACUAAUUGUACAUCAGCUAGUUCGUCGAUGAAAAUGAUGAGAAGUGAAGCAACGAAAACAAAAACACUGUCAUCUGGUGCACAUUUUUAUAUUGCUUAUAGAGGAAGUGCUUGGCUACCAUUGAAUAGCCCUGCCAAGAGUGGUCUUGAGUGGUCUAUUGUAGCAUUUAUUGAUCUUCGCAUAAGACCGGAUGGUUUCAUAAAUACUCCACCUGUUGCGCAAUUUAUUUCUCCACAGUAUGCUUUUGUAAAUAAAACAAUACAAAUUAAGAUUCCUGUUUCGGAUGUUAAUGCUGGCGAUGAUGUACGUUGUCGAUGGUCAUCAUAUACAACUGGAUAUCGACGACGAAAACGAUCCGAUAAAGAAGACACUAUCAUACACCCUUCUAGUGUUCAUUUUUACAACGGGUUAACUAGUGAUCAAGCAUGGAUUCGUAUUAGAGAAAGACGUAGUUGCGGUGGUGGCUGUGGUAGUUCGUGUUCCUUCGCCUGUUCAUGCUCUUGCACUGGUUGUAGUGGCGCAAGAUGCUCUGGUAUAUCUGGCAUAUGCGAUGGAUCUAACAAUUGUGUAGCGGCACCAAUUACAACUACCACCGCUGCGACAACCACUACUGUUACUGCGACGACUGUUGCGACAACUACUACCGUUGCUACGACAACCGGUGCGACAGUCACUACUGUUGCAACAACUGUUACGGCUGUCUCAAAUGAUACAACAACAACCCUUGAAACAAUAGGAACACUGAAAUCUACUUCAUCGUUUCCAAUUCGUCAGGCAAUCAACGAAUGUGGUGGCAUCUGUUAUCCAGGCAGUGUUCCCAACGGAACAAGUCUGUCUAACUGCAGUAUUACGUUUAGAGGUUCUACAGCUGGCGUUUGGUAUGCAGUUGCUAUACAAGUUGAAGACUUUAUUGAUCCUACAAGUAAUACGCCAAUGAGUUCUGUACCAGUUCAAAUAUUAAUUUAUGUUGAACCACAGCCAGCUUGUUCAAAUGCACCAAUAAUUUCCCCACUCGAUCGUUGUCUAGAAGUACAAGUCGGCAUCGCAAUCACCUUUAAUAUAUCUGUGAUGAAUUUAUGCAAUUCAACUGUAGCUAACAUUUCCGAUAUGAUUGUUACAAGUGCAAUCACGGGUAUGACUCAAGGUAAUCUCACAAGUUUGUCGACAAAUUCAUCAAUUUAUUAUGUCAAAUACGCGUGGACACCGCAAACGAAUCAAAUCGGAUCAGAGGAGCUAUGUGUAUUAGCAUUGACAACUGAACAUCUACAAUCGGACCCAUAUUGUGUUACAUUUACUGUGAAAAAUUCAUCCGAUCUCUGCGUCACAACGACGACGACUUCUACCUCAACAACAUCAGUUACCACAACUACAACAUCUGUCACAACCACAACCACAACGACUUCUUCAACAUCAACUUCAUCGACAUCUUCUACAUCGACAACAACUACUACAACAACCACUACAACAACCACCACAACGGAAACAACAACAACGACAGAAACAACGUCGACAACAACAACUUCGUCAACGUCCACAUCAUCCACCACAACAUCGACUACAACAACGAGUACAACAACAAGUACAACAACAACUACAACAACGACUACGACAACCACAACGUCGACCACGUCGACUGCUACUACCACUACCACGACAACGACAACAACAAUAACAACAACAACAAACUCCCCAGGAUCACCAAUAAAUUGGUUGCUUAUUCUGGGAUUAUCAUUAUUGGCUUUAUUGUUAAUAGCAUGUUGUGCUUGUUGUUUGUGUAGACUUUUAUGGAUACCUGGUGCUCGACGUCGUCGAAAGAAAAGAAAUAGAGAAGAUCCCGAUGAACAACCUUCUACAUCAAUAUUCACAGCUGAUAUUUUAGAAAGAAAACUAGUUCCUCGCAAAUCAUUCAAAUCAACGUUGUUAGCCAAAGAUUAUCCUGUCUAUAAUGCCAUGUAUCCGCACAAAAAUCUGAGCAAUGCAUAUCCAUCAGGCCUACGCGUGAAUGUGUCGGAUUCAUAUUAUUCAGAAUCGCACACCACUAUGACUGAAACAGCAAGACAUAGAGCUUCAUCAACAGUUUCUAUCAAAAGAGUUAAGCGCGCUGAUAUUAAUCAACUUGAUAAUAAGGAAAAGUUGAAUGAAACAGAAAAUGUAAAUAAUGCAUCAGUAACUGAUGCUGGCAACAAUACAAAUAAUGGAAGACUUCGGCGUUCAACAGUCUCAGUUGUGCGAAUAUCAAAAGCUAACGAAGCUAGCUUGCGCAAGUCAAUCACAUAUCAACCAGAAGAACCUUUAAGUGUAUCAUCAACCAAUCGGUCAAAAUCAGAUCCUGUGAAAGUCACGAAAAUACUACGUGAUAAAUCAGUUAUAGGUCGACAAAUUCGAGCAAAAAGCGUUGACAAUAUCAGCACUAUUGAUUUGAGCAAAAAUAUUAUCAAAGUACAACCAAUAAGUACUUAUUCAAAAACUAAUUUGUUGAUCUCAAAUAUUCAAGCACAUAACAGGCACAGCAUAACUGUAACCAAGAUUCCAAGAAAUGCUAUAAGCUCUCUAACGCGCCCUUGA